UUACUCGUCCUGGAUCUCAUCCGAUUACGCACAACAAUUAUCAAGCAACAAUGUCGACAUUCACACCGAAGAACAUCCUAAUCACAGGUGCUGCUGGAUUCAUCGCAUCUCAUGUUGCAAACAGGCUUGUACGAACGUACCCGGGAUACAAAAUCGUCGUCCUCGACAAGCUCGAUUACUGCUCCAAUCUCAAGAACCUUCUCCCAUCGAACUCUUCUCCCAACUUCAAGUUCGUUCAGGGUGACAUUGGCAGCGCUGACCUGGUCAACUACCUUCUCAUCACCGAAAACAUCGACACUAUUAUGCACUUCGCCGCCCAGACCCACGUCGACAAUUCGUUCGGCAACAGCUUCGAGUUCACCAAGAACAACAUUUACGGGACCCACGUUCUUCUCGAGGCCUGCAAAGUCACCGGCCAGAUCAGAAGGUUUAUCCACGUCAGCACAGACGAGGUCUAUGGCGAGACCGACGAAGAUGCUGUUGUGGGCAAUCACGAGGCCUCGCAGCUUCUCCCUACAAACCCGUACUCUGCGACAAAAGCAGGUGCUGAAAUGCUUGUUAUGGCUUACGGUCGAUCUUACGGGUUACCCGUGAUUACGACCCGUGGGAACAAUGUAUACGGGCCGAAUCAGUUUCCGGAAAAGUUAAUUCCCAAGUUCAUCCUUUUGGCUAUGAGGGGAAAGACUCUCCCGAUUCACGGCGAUGGUUCGAACGUUCGAAGCUACCUCUACUGCGAGGAUGUGGCGGAGGCGUUCGAAGUGAUUCUCCACAAGGGGGAAGUUGGUCAUGUUUACAACAUUGGGACAAAGAAGGAGAGGAGGGUGACAGAUGUUGCGAGAGAUGUGUGCAAUCUGUUCAACAUGGAUCCGGACAAGAGCAUUCAGUUUGUGGAGAACAGGCCGUUUAAUGAUCAGAGGUACUUCCUCGAUGAUCAGAAGCUGACGAAUCUUGGUUGGUCGGAAAGGACCACGUGGACCGAGGGUUUGAAGAAGACCAUGGAGUGGUACACCAGCAAUCCCGAUUGGUGGGGUGAUGUGUCUGGUGCACUGCUCCCUCAUCCAAGAAUGCUGAUGAUGCCAGGUGGACUGGAAAGGCACACCGAAGCAGCUGCGAAGGGCGAAUCUGGAAAAUCCGAUUUUUCUCUUAGCCAGUCGAAAAUGCUGGUUCCGAGUCCCAAAAGCAGCGCUUCGCCUCACAAACCGGCUUUCAAGUUCUUGAUCUAUGGCAGGACUGGGUGGAUUGGUGGUUUGUUGGGUAAACUGUGUGAGAAACAGGGGAUUUCGUAUGAAUAUGGAAAGGGGCGUUUGCAGGAUCGUGCGUCGAUUUUGGCGGAUCUUGUUGCUGUUAAGCCGACGCAUGUUUUUAAUGCUGCCGGUGUGACGGGUCGACCCAAUGUUGACUGGUGUGAGUCUCACAAGACUGAGACUAUACGCACAAAUGUUGCUGGUACUUUGACCUUGGCUGAUGUGUGCAGAGAGCACGGGCUAUUGGUGGUCAACUUCGCCACUGGCUGUAUUUUCGAAUACGAUGCUGCUCAUCCGGAAGGUUCCGGAAUCGGGUUUAAGGAGGAAGACACGCCCAAUUUCAUUGGCUCUUUCUAUUCAAAGACCAAAGCCAUGGUGGAAGAGCUCUUGAAAGAAUACGACAACGUGUGCACGCUGAGAGUUAGGAUGCCGAUUUCUGCUGACCUGGACAACCCGCGAAACUUCAUCACGAAGAUUUCCCGUUACAAUAAGGUGGUCAACAUUCCCAACAGCAUGACAAUCUUGGACGAGCUUCUUCCGAUUUCAAUUGAGAUGGCAAAGAGGAAUCUCAGGGGGAUUUGGAACUUCACAAACCCUGGUGUUGUUAGCCACAACGAGAUCUUGGAGAUGUACAAGGAGUAUAUUGACGCCGAUUUCAAAUGGUCAAACUUCACCCUUGAAGAGCAAGCAAAGGUCAUAAUUGCCCCUAGGAGCAACAACGAGCUCGAUGCAUCCAAGCUCAAGAAAGAGUUCCCUGAGCUGCUCUCGAUCAAGGAGUCACUGAUCAAGAAUGUGUUCGGACCGAACAGGAAAACCCCCAAAACUGCUGCAUAAGUGCGCGUGCGUUUCGAGAUUCUCAACCCGUGAGCUUCUUUAUACAUUUUGUGUUAGUUGAUAUACAACUGGUUGAUUAUGUAUGUUAGUUUUUACUGGCCUAAAUCUUUAUUUGGUGCCGUCUUUCGUUUUUUUUUCUUAGAAACUACAUCGGUGAAAUUUGUUCUGGUGGCAGAUUUUUGCCAGAUUUUUACAGUUUGAUAGGCUCAUGCAUAUGUACUGAGCUUAUAGUGUUUUAAAAACUAUCAAGUGAAGAUUAUUGCACAUCAUAUGAGUGCAAUUCUUUUCCUUUUCUUUUUAUUUAUUUCAUAAUUCUUAUUUCUUAAUUUUAA